AUGGUAAUGAUGAUGCGCUACGUGCUGUGUAUCCUCGCUCUCCUGCUCUCAUGUGCGUGUGUGCACGUCCUCGCUGAAGAAGUGCCUGCCGCCGAUCUUUCCGACCAAGUCCCUGAUACGGAGAGUGAGACUAAGAUUCUUCUUCAAGGUACUCCCGUCGCCGGACUUGUUGAAACUGCUCAGUGCGCUGAUGGUGUUACUACUGAUAAUUGUCCUUCUGGACAACAAGCUGCAACACAAAAUCCCCCAGAUACUCAGUGCAUCCCUGAAACUACCGGAGGUGGCACAUGUCCUCCCAAAAAACCUGAAGUUCCUCCUGCUAAAGUACUUGAGGUACCAAAAAAGGUGAUUCCUGAGGAAAAAGUACCUGUUCCUGCUCCCAAAAAACCGGAAGUUCACCUUGAGCAGACUACUUUUCGAGAUGAAAGUAACGGUCAUGGUGAAGGAGUUAACGAUGCUGGUCCGCGAGGUGAAGUUGGCGAUCCUGGUGCUGUUCAUCAGGUAGUAAAAGGUGAAGCUGAACAUUCUGUGGACCCAGGUCAUGGUGCUCAAGGAGGACAAGGUCCAGGAGCUGGUUUUGUUGGUGGUCCUUCUCCUACUCCACAGGAUAGUCCAACAGCUGCUUCUCCUGGCACUGGUGUCACUCCUGCAUCUCCUGUUGAUGGGAGUAGUGUGGCUGCAGCUGACGGUCAAAAUGGAAACAGCGACAGCAGUCCAACAGGAGAAACUACAUCUAACCAGGGAGGUGAAGCAGCAGCAGAAACUUCUACCUCUCCUACCAAUACUUCAGAGAUUGAGAAUGCUACUGAUGCUGCAUCGACUGAGAACAACACUCCUGCUGCAGGGAGUGAAUCAACAAAUAACCAAGAAGGUGAUGCAGAAAAUACAGAAACCACCACCACAACAACAACACUUCCUCCUGAACUCACAAACAACAAGAAGGGUGAUGCAGACAGCAGCAGCAGUAUCAGCAGUUCUGUGUGGGUGCGUGUACCACUACUGAUUGUGGUUACACUGGCCUGUAUUCUUGUGUGCUGA